AUGGGUCCAUCUUCCAACGCCCAAACCUACGACGACAUCGCUGAAUUCAUCCUGACUGGCCUGAAGGCGUACGACCCAUCACUCGGCGGUUCGAUGCCACAGCUUUGGUCCAGCAUGCAGAAUCUGUUCUCCCUUGGAGAUCUUGAAGAUGCCGAUGACGACGAAGGUUCCUGGGCUCUUCGCGAGUACUUUCUUCGUCUCGCGACACAGUGCCCCACGGUUGUGUUCGAUCUUGCAACGGCCCAACGCGUUAUCACUACGGACGAAAAGUCGCCUCGCUUUUGGGAAUUUUCGCUCGUGUUCAACCCGACAUUAAUUGUUCAACGCGCCGAGCCGUUGACGUGGAUGUGGCUAGCGGCAUCCGAAUUCUUUGCUCAUCCUUGGACGGGCCCUGCGAUCAUUCCUCCCAUUGUGGAGGAAUUUGAGCGACUAGAACGAGAGUCGAAAAUAGCCAAAGCUCAGUCCAAGU